AUGAGACUGGGCGAUUUCUGUGCGAACACAACCUUGGAUGUGAUCCCUAUCGGCUUUGUCAACUCCUUCCCUGAUGAGGCAGGCAACAACGGAUACCCAGGUACCAACUACGCAAACGCCUGCGGCGGCGAAUGGACUGCUCCCGAUGGAACCCAGACAAAGAUGUUUACUUCAUGCUGGCAGAUCGAAGAGGACAUUCCCAAAUGUCAAGCGCUGGGAAAGAAGAUCUUGGCGUCGCUUGGUGGCCACUCACCCAACAAUAAAAUUACAUCUAAGGAUUCGGCCAUUAACUUUGCUCAAUUCCUCUGGGCCUCGUAUGGUCCUCUAGUCGACCCAACUUUGGUCGAGUACCCCCGGCCAUUUGGCAAGAGUGUUGUUGUUGAUGGCUUCGAUUUGGAUAUUGAGAAUGGUGGCGGUUUUGGCUACGCCGACCUUGUCAACGAAUUGAGAAGACUUGCUGGUCCUCAGCCACUCAUUAUUUCUGCAGCUCCCCAGUGUUUUAUCAACGACCCUCAAUUGAGCGACGCGAUCCAAAACUCUGUGAUUGACUAUGUCUGGGUUCAGUACUACAACAGCGACCCGUGCUCUGCUGCGUCGCUUUUCAGCACAGGAACCUUGAACAAGAAUACCGAUGUCUCCUUCGGAUGGGUUGAUUGGCUUAAGACAAACUCCAAAAACAAGAAUAUCCAGCUUUUCUUGGGUCUGCCUGCCUCUCCUGCUGCCGCCAACCCGGGAUUCUAUAUUGACCUAGAAAAGACAACAGCAUUGCUUGAGGAGUUCUCUUGCAAUCCUAUGUACCAGGGAGUCUUCGGUGGUGUCAUGCUUUGGGAGGCCACCGAAUCUGCCAGAAAUACUCAGGCCAAUGGUCUUCCGUUCGCUGAUAACGUCAAGGCAGCAUUCAACAAACUGUCCUGUAUCCCAGUUGUCACUACUACUACCACCACCACCACCACCACCACCACCACCACCACCACCACCACUUCCUCUACUACUACUACUACUACAACCACAACGACAACCACUGCUCCUGCUGCAACCACAACGACAACUACAACUUAUGAUCACCCUCACCCAACCACCACCACCACCACCACCACCACCAGCGAGGCUGCACCGACCACUACGACCUCUACCACAAGCGAGGCUGGCCCAACAACCACGACCACUACUUGGACCACUGAGGGUCCUCAUGGUCCUCACCCAACCACAACCAGUGAGGCUGUACCGACAACAGGCACCACCACUACUUGGACCACCUCUGAGGGUCCUCAUGGGCCCCGCCCAACCACGACUUCUGAGGCACCAGUGACUACCACCACAACCUCCGAGUUCUCCCAUGGCCCUCAUCCAACCACCACAAGCGAGACUGUCCCAACGACCACCACAACCUCUGAGUUUUCUCACGGACCUCACCCAACUACCAGCUCCUCUGCACCUACCACGACUACCACCACAACAACCAGCCGCCCCCACGGACCUGUUGGCGAAACCUCAAGCACCACGACCACUCAUGGCAUUGGACCAGCCACAACUUCUUCUGGUACUGGAAACCCCUGGGAAGACUGGACUUCCUCGUCCUCUGCUCCCGUUGCCCCUACUUCCACGACAGCAAGACACUGGACCGCCACAAGCAAGCCUGUUGAUCCCGCUCAGACAAGCAGCACCAGCUCGAUCGAUGAGCCAUGGUUAGACUGGACCAGCAGCACUACAGUGGCACCAGUCACGACCACCAACAAGCCUCAUCGUCCCACGGUGACCACCACGAUCUGGACCACCCACUACACCGACUGGGACCACACCACCUUCGUGACUCGCACAUGGACCGCCACGACGACCCUCACGGUCUACCCCGGCACCACCGCUGCACCAUGGGUCUGGCCCACUGACGCAAACGGAUGCCCACACGGCUUCACCACCACAAUUGUGACUGUCGAGAACCCACCCGUCACCUCCACUAUCACUCUGACCAUCCCCAUCCCAACUCAACCCGCCGCUCCUUACACUGCCGGCCCCAGUACUGGUGUGGCCCCAACUGCACCGGGCGCUCCUCACGUUUUCGCACCUAGCUCAACAGCCGUGGCCCCUGUCGUGACGAACCCACCAAGCCCGGCCUCAACUUCCGCUACUGGAGUGAAACCCGCAAACGUCGCCACCUUCACCGGUGCUGCCGCCCAAGCCCAGCUUCCCGGCACCUUGAUGAGCGUCGCUGCGUGUUUUGCUGUUGCUAUUGCUGGACUGCUUUUCUAG